AAACACCAAAUUCCUUUUUCCCCCUUCUUUAAUCUAUGCUCUAAUAAACCAAUUAAGGGACCGUUUUCUGUGGAGCUCUUUGAUUAUGUUGAUGAGCUAAUGUUCAUUGAUAUUCCUUCAGGUCACUGACAUCUUGUUAUCUCAGAAUGUCUAGGGUUCUGGAGCAUACACAAUAACACCCAAUGAUAAUCAAAUAAAAUGGUUUUAGAUACUUGGCUUCCGACAUCAUUCAGAAAGUUAUGCACAUUUUUAAAUAUCCAACCCAUUUCCCACCAAUAAUGGCAGUGUUGUUCCCUCUAGUCAUAUCCUAACUUUAGUUAUUCACUAAAAGUCUUGAUUUCCUGAUCAAAUGGUGGUCAGUAAUGUUAUCUUGAAACAUAAUGCCAUAAAUUUGCAUCAUAAAGUUUUGUGUGACUUAAAACAGGCAGCUAUAGAUGAAUGAUUAGUGUAUGCCAAGAUAUACCUUUGCCUAGUGCAUGUUAAUGUUAUCUUGGCCGAAACGACAACAUCUUCCAUCCCCCUACACCCCAGUGCCAAGGUUCUGAGUCCUGAACAUUAAUUUGCUAAUCAAAUGAGCCAGGUGCAGCUACGAGUGUAAUCCUUUCCCUGCUUUUAGAGUCCAGAUUCUGUCAUAUGAUUGGACGUUGCUACAGCGUUACCAUGGCAAACACAAGGAGGGUUGGGUGUGGUGGUGGGGAUGAAGUCAUUAGAGACAAAACAUUCAAAGAAAAGAUAAUGUUUACAAUGAGAACCUAAUUUAGAUAUUUAUGUUUGUGCAAAUAAGUCUGGCUGGUGUUGUGUUAUUGUUAUGUUUGCAGCACGUACACACACACACACACACACACACACACACACACACACACACACCCCGGCGCAGUUACAUUCAUCCAGAUUCAUCCACUCUAGUACAAGAAGCAUACUGUAACACAGUUGUAUGAGCAUCAUAAGCUUCCACCUUUAUUUGGUUGGUUCAGCUUUUUCCAUUUUACGCUCUCUUUUAAGACCUCAAACUCCCACAUCCAGACACCCCCCCCCCCUGCCAGCGUCUUUGUUCCACAUAUUAUUUUUCACACAGCUUUCCACACAGUCUAAUCUCUGCUUGUAAGCACUGUUAGGCUCAGGUGUCUGUGAUUUAUUUGUUAAAGCUCUUCUGAAGUAGAAAUGGAGAUUAUCAUACAGAUAAAGGUGCUCAGAAUGAAUUUAGAUGCCAGUAGAGCAGGUUGUUGAAAGGCCAUUGUUUUUCUUUGUUCUAAAGCAAAUUUGAGCACACAUCUAUAUUUUGGCACACCUCAGUAUAAAUAGAUUUGAUUCCGUUCAAUUCAAUAGAUUCAAUUAUUACAUGCAUGCUAUGUUUUCAAUGUCCUCAGUCCGACCAUUUUUGAGAUUUUAUCAUUGUUGUAGGACAGGAAUACUGUAAGAAUGCGUUUAUCCUGACUUGCACUGACAUGUCUGCACCCCCAAUCCCCACCCCCAAAAGUAUGUGAAGAAUGAAUAUAGGAAGGGCAUCAUGGUUUGCUUAACACUUUUUCUUUUUUUAUUUGAGAGCAUGUAUUCAAUUACAUUAUGCCUCUUGUACAAAAGACUUACCAGGUGUUCAUCUUGUAUUGUAAAAUAAGAACUGAUUGGUAUUGUAUUGUACACUUUGUAUACCAGUUUUAGACUGAGGUGUCUGGGUUCAAAAGGUAUGCAGAAUCAAUGGCUGCACUGUUGAUGUUAAUGUAGUAAUGGCUGUGUUAACAUUGAUUGCACUCCCCGUAGCACGUUCGCACCUUCUUAGCACAAAUGUUUCUGCAUGAGUCACAGAGAAUGAUUUUCCCCCUAACUGCACCCGAAUGACCUGACCUCUAGACACUUUUGCUUGAACAUUAGUGAAUGACACAUUAAUUAGAACACAUCACAUUCAAUAGCCAAUUCCACAUGUUUUUUAAAUGUUGUUUUUAAAAAAAUUUUUUUUAAUAAAAUAGGGACCCAUUGGUAAUAUUUAUAAAUCUCUAUGGGUUGUGCAACCUUUGAAUGUGUUAAAAGCAUCAUAUAGAAGAAAGUGGCCAAAUUAGGUAAUUCACAGAGCACAAAGCUAAAAAUCACAAAAUCUCAAUAAAGCAAUACUUUGUUCCUUUUUAGUUUAUGAUCAUUAGCAUUAGUUACUUGAGUAAUUAUGUAAAUUGCCGUUGCACGUUUCAAGAACUUUUGAGAAUGCCCUGUAUUGUCCAUAUAUGUAUAUUCAGUUCCAGUUGUCUUAUUGGGUUAUGCAUAAGUUCUCUGUUGAAGUGACACAUAUAUUAGAUGUGGGAUCAUAUCAUUAUAUUUGUCUAGUAUUAUAUUUGUAAUCUAAACUAUAUUUUAUUAACAGCUUCAGCUUAAAAGUUUGUAAAUGAACUGAUGAUGAAUUAUUGGUUGCACUGAUGUAGCUACACUCUUCUCACCAAUCUUUUUAAUCACUUUAAGCUUUCAUCGCUUCUUUUAUACUGCUUCUAUUUCAUUGGUAGCACCUGUGCAUAACCCUGGGGGCAAAUCUGUUGAGAAUCUGUUGACCUGGGUCAAAAAUGAUUCUCUGAAGAAGCAACAUUUUACCUGUAAUCAAACAGCAUUAAGUUUUAAACUCUUUACCACAAACAUGUAAAGGCAUGGUGUGUGGGAAUAUAAUUUAUAGUCUAUAACCAUAAUUUAUAUAUCCACAUCUUAUAUCAGUAAUUUGGGCUUUAUAUGAUGUUCUUUAACAUAUGCAAAACUUAUAACUUUGUUGUGAAGAAUUUCAAAGAGUCUAUAAACAUUCUUGAUCCAGGUUUUGUAAAAGACAAACUCAACACAAUGGUUCUUUAAAUAUACUUGGCACAAAAAGAAACGUCCUCUCACAUUCAACUGCUUUUAUUUCCAGCAAAUUUCUUAACAUGUGUAAAGAUUUGUAUCUACAUAAAAACAUUCAACUGAGACAUAAACUGAACGAGUUUCACAGACAUUUGACUAACAGAAAGGGAGUAAUGAGUCCCUGAACAAAGGAGGGGGUCGAUAUCAAAAGUAACAGUCGGGUAUGUGGUGGCCAUCAGCUGCUUUAAGUACUGCAGUGCAUCUCGUCAUCAUGGACUGCACCAGAUUUGUCAGUUCUUGCUGUGAGAUGUUACUCCACUCUUCCAUCAAGACAUUUACAAGUUCUCCAUCACGUCUGGUUAAAUUUAACUUUCCACUGCGAGGACGAUCCGCUGUCCUUCCUGUCUCCCUGUAGCACUGUCUUACAUUACAGACAUUGCAGUUUAUUGCUCUGGACACAUCUGCAGUCCUCAUGCCUCCCUGCAGCAGGCCUAUGGCAUGUUCAUGCAGCCUGAGAACCUGCUUUUAGCCAGCAAACUUAAGGGAGCUGCAGUGAAACUGGCUGACUUUGGCUUGGCCAUUGAGGUGCAGGGAGACCAGCAAGCAUGGUUUGGAUUUGCUGGCACUCCUGGUUACUUGUCUCCUGAGGUGUUAAGGAAGGAACCCUAUGGGAAGCCAGUUGAUAUGUGGGCUUGUGGUGUGAUUCUCUACAUCUUGCUGGUGGGCUACCCUCCAUUCUGGGAUGAGGAUCAACAUAGACUUUAUCAGCAGAUCAAGGCUGGUGCCUACGAUUUUCCUUCUCCUGAGUGGGACACAGUGACCCCAGAGGCCAAAGAUCUGAUCAAUAAGAUGCUGACAAUCAACCCUGCCAAACGCAUUACUGCUGCAGAGGCCCUCAAACACCCAUGGAUCUGUCAACGCUCUACAGUGGCCUCUAUGAUGCACAGACAGGAGACUGUGGAAUGCCUGAAGAAGUUUAACGCCAGGAGAAAGCUAAAGGGAGCAAUCCUGACCACGAUGCUUGCCACAAAGACCUUCUCAAAAGGGAAUCCAUACAAGAAGCCUGAUAGUGUUAAGAUCAACAACAAAGGCAACGUAGUCACCAGCCCUAAAGAGGCAGUCCCCUCUCCUGCUCUGGAGUCCUCCGAGAGUGCCAACACCACCAUCGAAGAUGAGGAUGUGAAAGCACGGAAGCAGGAGAUUAUAAAAGUGACCGAGCAGCUGAUCGAGGCCAUCAACAAUGGAGAUUUUGAAGCUUAUACCAAGAUCUGUGACCCUGGACUGACCUCUUUUGAACCUGAGGCUUUGGGGAACCUGGUGGAGGGAACAGACUUCCACAGGUUCUACUUUGAAAACUCUCUCUCAAAGAGCCACAGGCGUACCGUCCACACCAUCUUGUUGAAUCCUCACGUGCACCUGCUGGGAGAAGACGCUGCCUGCAUAGCUUACAUCAGACUCACCCAGUACAUCGAUGCUAACAGCAUGCCUCGCACCAUGCAGUCAGAGGAGACUCGGGUGUGGCAUCGCCGUGACGGCAAGUGGCAGAAUAUUCAUUUCCACCGCUCAGGCUCACCAACCGUGCCCACCAAUUAACGUGGUGUCCUGAGCAACGCAGUUCAGUCUAAAGGACUUAAUGUCAGAUGGCCACUGAGUGUCUGCUUUAUUCAAACCCCACCUUUACAACAUCUCCACCCUGUCAGUCUUGUUUACAUAUCGUCACUGCUGGACUUUAGCCUACACACAGGUGGGGAAUUCAUAUCAUUUUGUAUUAGGACGUGUGUAUGCGUGCGACUUGCACGCUCUCCUCAUAAACCAUUGAUGUUAAAGACUUAUGUAUACAUAAUUUUUUUUUCCCCUUUUUAUAAUUUAAUGUUCUAUUUUCUAUGGUGUGAAAGUAGGGUGUCACACUUGCUGAUAUAUCUUUGGGUGUGUGGGUACAUCAGGAAAAGAAAUGUUUGAUCUCUGUACACAGUCAGAUACAAAGUCAAACAGUACAUAGACGAAACUGGGCGCACGUGUGACAUGUUCAUAUUAGAGUGAUUAGUAAUCUAGGCACAAUAUCCGUCACUGAUCUUGAGGAUAUGAUUAGCAGCAAAUCAAAGCCACUUCAGUCUUGUUUCAGUGCUUUUCUAUUUUAAGUGCAAUACAGCUGAAAAAAAUUCAUUAUGAAUCUGACAAAUGGGCUUGCUUUUGUUUUUUUGGUGAAGUUUUUGUGAAGUUGUGUGAAGUGCUAUUCCUGCUUUAUCUUUUAGAGAAUUGACAGUUGACCGUGAUCUUAGUUCUGCGAGCUUUGUUCGGUUUUAGGUUGCUAUGGCCUAAUGGGUUUAGCAACACUAAUGUGUAAAACUGACAAAGGAAGCACAUUUAGCCUACAGUUUAGCCUAUUUUAUUCUGAUGUUUUCCACGGCAUCACAUGAACGCAGUAGAAAAAGUGUAAAAAUUUCAAUUAAAGAAUGUACUUUAUCAAUCAACACGAAUAACUGGUAAACCAAACUAUUUUAUUUUAUUCAGUUGUUGUGAGAGUUUUAUGCUUCUGUUUUCAUUUUUAUAUUGUUUACUAACAUUUGAUGGGGGUAUUCUUUGGAAAGAAAAAAAACGAGUUUUCUCUAUUUUUCACACCUUCCUUAAUUAAUUAGCAUUAGCUGUUAUCACAUAUUGCAUGAAACAUCUUUUAUCAACUUUUAUGUACUUUUAUGUACUUCAUGUUUAUGAUCUUGUGAUGGUUCCCUUCUCAAGGGUGAAGUAGAAUAAAUGGUUUAUGCUUUGUAUUCCAUACUGUCCAUUUAAACUGAAAAAGAGAUGAGUAGUUAGUGCAGUUCGAAAAUGAUUUAUAUUUGCAAAAACUAUUACGAUUAUCAAUGCAAAAAAAAAAAAAAAGCAAAA